AUGGUGAAAACACUAGUUGAUUUGUAUGGUAAUGAGGUUGGAAAAGGUGGAGAACUCACACAUGAUAAGACAACAAUUAUUGCUGGAGCCCUUGGGCUUACUGAGAAAACAGCCAGUGAUGCCAUGACUCCUAUAUCUGACACUUUUGCUGUUGAUAUCAAUGCCAAGCUUGACAGGGAGCUGAUGAAUUUAAUUUUGGAGAAAGGGCAUAGAAGAGUGCCAGUCUACUAUGAGCAACCUACAAACAUAAUUGGACUUGUUUUGUCUGAACUUGAAAACUUAUCAUUCCUGUACUCAAAUGCUCAAGAUUAUGCUAAAGCCAAGAGAAGAGUUGCAGAACUCUAUAAGAAACAUGAGAAGGAACUCAUAGAGGCAAACAAAAUUUUAAUGAAGAAGAUUGAGGAUGAUCAGUUCCUAGACCUUAUGACUCUGAAAACUGAAGUUCGAUCUGCUUGUAAGGAGCCUUACAGGUAUGUUUUAAAAUCAGAAAAUCUGAAGAAUGGCUCGAGUUAUUAUUGCACUGAGUGUGUUGGUUUUGCUAAUGGCAACUCUGAUCAUCUCUGUUGGAUCUAUGAGAUCUUCGUGGGACAAUCACCGCUACAAGGGAGGCAGAAACUUUCUUUUUCCAUAUUGAUUCUUCACAUGACCUUGGAGUAAUUUUCCAUGUGCAUGGAUUUAGACCUUCGAUUCUGAAAUUCCCACGUGCAGAAACAUUUAGUGGAAUUGCCAAGUUCAGUGGAACAAAGUUCUCUCUAUCUGAAAUGAUUGCCUUUGAUCCUGAUUUAUGUGAUGGUAAUUUAUGUUAACUUGUGGUUUCCUUCAAGUGAUUAUAUUUUGAUAAAUUCA